CUUAAAGCUUCCCGACAGAAUGCGCAACUUCGGAACUUCCGAUGUCUGACGAAAGUCUACGGUUUGAAAACCGUGGAAGCCUGCUACGAAUUUCCACAUGCUCCUUAAGCGCGCAAUCACAAUUUGCCCAUGUCAUCAUUCUCGUUCGCAUUACCCGCUUCGCGAGUUACAUGGCAUUUCGCGGCAGCGUGUGUCGCACCUAUCUUUCAAUCUUGUUUGACUUUCCAAUGAUAUAACACUGAUCCUCGAUUACGAGGAUUCCAACGCAUGAUGAAUUGAAUCACUUUCGAUCCCUGUCAUUCAUUCGCUCUUUCGUAUCUUCAAUUUCUUUACCUCAAUGUAUUGAUUUUCCUUUAAUUUUGCACGAUUCAUGAUUCAUGAUGUCUUCUGCUUUCCCACCGAUAGACUAGUUGUGAUCCCAUAUUUCGGCUAUUUCUGAAUAUUCUUAUGUAUUCACGUGUUUUCGGAUGUACUCAAAUGCAAAACCGCUUACACUUAUGGAUUCUUGCGACACGAAUAUUGUCAUAUUUCAUUUGUAUGAUGUUUGGACUUUAUAGCAUUUCAAUAAUAAUUCGAUAACUAUUUAAAUGAUCUCAUAUCCUUAAUGAUAUUUAUUUAUAUAGAUAUUUGAAGUUUUUUAUUUUGAGAACUAUAUGUUGCACGGUGUAUUUUUUAAUUUUCAAGUCAUAAGUGAUUGAAUAUAUACAUAAAUACUCUCUUAUCAAUUAGAUGUAGUAUGUAUGUGUAUACAUAUAGUAUUAUGUUUUUUAGAAUGAUUGUGUAGUUAGUUUAAAUUACAACAUUUUUUUAAACACAGAGACCUAUUGAACAUUUACUAAUGAGAGAAAGUACACUUUUAUGAGUUAAUGAUUUGACCAUGACAAGUAAUGUAACAACGAUUAAGUUAGAAGAGGAGCAAGAAUCUGUAACAGAGAUACAGACUUACUUAGAAACAUUUAAUAAAGAAAUAGAAGGAGGUCAAGGAGAGCAAUUACAGCAUGUACAGCUGCAACAAGUGGAAGGAUUGUCAGGUGGUGAAGAGGGUGGAACUUACUUUGUUGAUCAAUCUGGUCAAUAUUACUACCAAGCAAAUAAUGAUGAAACACCUGUGAUGACACAGGUACAAAUCCAGGAAGUAGAAGAAGCAGAUGUACAAAAUGAAGAAGAAACACUUGCAGAAGAAGAAUUCCAUGAAAUUGGAGAAUUAGAAAAUGUUGAUGGUGAUGAAGAUGGGCAGGUAACGAGCAAUGGAAAUAAUGAGGUUGUAAUCAAUUCUGGAGAUCCAUAUCAAACAGUUACUAUUGUACCAUCUGAUACUAAUCCUGCUGAAGUCAGUUAUGUACUAAUAGUUCAACAACCAGAUGAUGAGGAUAAGGAAAGCAGACUGGUAGAGCAAGAGGGAACUGAAGGUGAAGAAGGAAAAGGAGAACAAGAUCUUACAGUUUAUGACUUUGAAGAUAAUGAAGAUAAUGAAGUACCUGUGGAAUCAGAAGCAGAAGAUGAUAAAACUAAGAUUGUAAAAAUUUUACCUAAAAAGUCCCAAACUGUUACUCAAGCACAUAUGUGUAAUUACUGUAACUACACAAGUCCGAAACGAUAUCUGCUAUCACGACAUAUGAAAUCACAUUCUGAGGAAAGGCCACAUAAAUGUAGCGUUUGUGAAAGAGGAUUUAAAACUCUGGCCUCGCUUCAAAAUCAUGUUAAUACACAUACUGGGACCAAGCCACAUCGUUGUAAAUUUUGUGAAAGUGCAUUCACAACCUCUGGUGAACUUGUUAGACAUGUUCGAUAUAGACACACUCAUGAAAAGCCACAUAAAUGUCCUGAAUGUGACUAUGCAUCUGUUGAAUUGUCUAAACUACAUCGUCAUAUUCGGUGUCAUACAGGCGAACGUCCAUAUCAGUGUCCGCAUUGUACAUAUGCAAGUCCUGAUACUUUCAAGCUAAAACGCCAUUUGCGCAUACAUACGGGAGAAAAACCAUACGAGUGUGAUUUUUGUCAAGCAAGAUUUACCCAGUCUAACAGCUUAAAAGCUCAUAAAUUGAUACAUAACGUUGGGAACAAGCCAGUCUUUCAAUGUGAAUUAUGUCCAGUAACUUGUAGGAGAAAAACAGAUCUCAGAAUUCAUGUACAAAAAUUACACACCUCUGAUAAACCUCUGAAAUGUAAACGCUGUGGAAAAUCAUUCCCAGAUAGAUAUAGCUACAAACUGCAUAGUAAGACUCACGAAGGGGAAAAGUGUUAUAAAUGUGAUUUAUGCCCAUAUGCUUCUAUAUCCGAGCGUCAUCUCGAAAGCCACAUGUUAAUUCAUACUGACCAAAAACCAUAUCAAUGUGAUCAUUGCUUUCAAUCAUUCAGACAAAAACAACUUCUUAAACGGCAUUGUAACUUGUAUCAUAAUCCUUCUUAUGUUCCUCCUGCACCUCAAGAGAAGUCACAUCAAUGCCCUGAAUGUGAACGAUCGUUCAGGCAUAAAGGAAACCUAAUUCGACAUAUGGCUGUGCAUGACCCAGAGUCAUCCAUUCAAGAAAAGCAACAAGCAUUGAAGAUGGGAAGACAGAAAAAGAUUCAAAUAAUAGAUGGGCAAAGAGUCGAGGUCAUGACAGGUGAUUUAGCUACUAAGCUUAAAGAUUAUGAAGAAGAAGAUGAAGAUGAUGUGAUGGCAGUCGAGGGAAGUGAUGGUCAGCAAUAUGUUGUAUUGGAGGUUAUACAGCUAGCUGACAAUCAAGGAACUGAUCAACAAAUGGCUGUUGUAGCUAACGAAGAUGGAGAUUUAUUGAUGCAAGAUCCUUUGAGUCACGAAAGUGGGAUUGUAACUGGUAAGAUCGAGGAAGGAGAUGAAAUAAAAGAAGAGGAUAUAGAAAUAGAUGAGUUGAAAAUGGAACCAGAAACGUGUACUAAAUCCUUGUCGCGGAACAUGCAAAGCAAUCCAAAAUUACAGAAAGAAAUGGAAACAUGUUUUGGUUUUGACGAGGAAGAGGAGGAAGAAGAAGAAGCCAAUGGUAAUAUAAAUAUAUUGCAGACAAUUUCUUAAUAAGAAAAAUGAAUGCAACAAAAUCUAUGUAUGUAAUAGUCAAAUGUCUUAUCUGUCUCGCAGUAACAGUGUAUGUACUGUGAGUGCUGUUUAAUAUUAUUUAAAGACUCUGUGAAUAGCUCCAGUGGAGCCAAUUUUCGGAUCCAGCGUGGUCUAUACGAAUAGUACAAGAACAUCCUUUGCCAUUAGUGUGUUAGACAUACGUAAUAGUUUAUGAAGAAACAGUUUUGUGGUUUAGUAAUAUAUAAAGUGAAUGUACAAUUAUAUUAGUUGUGCAAGAAAGUAAUGGCAAAUUUUUACUCGGUAAUAUACACGCGUUGCCAAUUUACGGUCAUUACUUUCGUAUACACCUAAUUAUAAUUUUACUUCAUUUUCAGUAAAACUUGUGCUUUGAAAAUUUUAAAUCAGCGAAACCUUUGCAAAUAAAAUCGGAUAUAUUAUCAAUAUAGAUCGAUAUAAUAUUUUUAAAUUAGUCAUUUAAUAAAAACAUAAAAACAUAAAAACAUAGAAUGUAGCAAAGUGUUGACAUUGAUUGAUUCGUUUAUUGUUGAUAUAUGGUUAAUGGAACUGAAAUUGCAGAAUCAUGCGAGGCUCCAAUGUAUAUACAUACUUGCCAUUAUAUUUCAUUUUAUAGAUAAAUAUCGUAUUCUAUAAAUAAUUAGAGGGAAUAUAAAUUUAACGAUCGAUCGAGUUUUGUGUUAUUUAAUAUGAAUGAUGUCUGCAUAUUUAUAGGAAUGUACAUAAGUAAUAUAUAAUGCAACAAAAAAAAAAAAUUAGAAACUUUUCAUUGACUUGAAAGAUGUUACAUUUGUGAUUGUAUAGGAGUAUUUUAUAGUAAUAAUACACGGUCAUUCUGUGAAUAAGUAGAAUGAAUAUUAAUGAUAUACUGUUGAUUAUAAGAUCAAGUGUUUUGCGGAUAUAAGAUAAAGUAUGAAUGAUAUAAAGUAAUUUGAAGUUAAGUGUAAUAUUAUAAUUGUUAUAAUUAUAGUAAUUUUUUAUUUCUCUUUUAUUAAUUACAUUCUCUCCAAAACAUAGAAUUUUUAGAAUGCACCUUUUUUCCACGUUGGUCGUAACCAUUAUAGCAAAACAUGAAUAUACUAAUAAGAAAAUAGUACGUAUGUUUGUAAACAAGGACAAAACUUUUGAAACGAUUGAAUCUUUUUGCGUUUUGUUGACAGAUUAGAUUAUUGUAUAGUUUUUUGAUUACUUAGCAUCCAUAAAACGACAAUUUCCUAUCAAUCCAAUAUCAAGAGAAAUUGACAUUGUAAAAUCCUUGUGAAAUCCUUGUAAAAUUGUAUAUACAAUAGUAUAUACAAUUGUAAAUGAGCAGUUGCUAAUUUUGUGCUAUUCAAAUCGGAGCACUAUCGUACAAUAUUCCAAAGAAAAAGUGGUGUAGCAUGUUCUCUAUAAUAAACAUUUUGUCUUCGACGAUACUUGCGCACAUUAUUUCCGUCCAUGAAUUAUCGUUUCGAUAUUUGUUAAAAAUUCAAUUAUUCAUUAUACACAUCACACCUAUUACUCCGAGCAACGCGUAUAGACGUUCUAUCAUAACCGUCUAUUUGCUUUGUAUCCUGUAAAUAAUCGGUGAAACGUUUGCUCCCACCUUUAACGAUAUUAGGAAAAGCCGCACCCAACUGCACCCCCUGCGGUCGUUAACCCUGUACAUACAUACGUAUUAUAUCGUCUCGUUUAUCAGGGUACAUUUAUAGAACACGCGAUAGUCUACGGUUCAUAAGAAGUGAAUUCUUUUGUAUUUACAAUUACUACAUUAAAAGCGAGUGAUAACAAAUGAGGAAAAAUACAACUAUAUAUUGUUAAUUAAUCUAGAGUUGUACUAAUUUCUAAGAUAUAUAUAUAUCUUAUAAUAUCUACUUCUGCGAUCAAUUUUUGACAAUACACGUGUAAUUUAUGAUUC